GGCUUAACAGAAAACUCUCUGAACAAAGUUCUAAGAAAGUUCCCAACCCUCUUGUCUGACAAUACCUAUGCCUUGUGCUUGUCUCCUGUCCCCCGCCUUCACCAACACCUCCUCUCUAUAAUUACAAACCCUAAUUUCCGAUAUUUCAUAUUACCAUCAUAUAUCCUAGAAAACUAAAACUUAAAGUUUUGUUUUGAAGUAUGAAGUCCAACCAUCAUAAUCAUCAAGAUUCAAAGACCUCCAGUACUGAUGAAGAGGCUGAUCAUCAACCGGAUGCGAACGAUGACAUGGGUACAGGGCGGUCGUACGAGUGUGUAUUUUGCAAGAGAGGUUUCACAACGGCGCAGGCCUUGGGAGGACACAUGAAUAUUCACCGGAAAGAGAGAGCCAAGACCAGACCUAGUUCAGCUCCUACAAGUUUGGCUUCGUCGAUUAGCACGGCAGUAGAAGAUCAGAAUCAUCCCAGGGCAGCAUUAUACCGGGCAAUUCAAAGCUACCGGCCAGGGCCGCCACAUUAUUUUAUAGCUCUUCCGGAUGACCAUAUGAACUACAGAACAGAUGUGCCUGCAUCUAAUACAUCAGGGGUGUUAAGGCCCCCACAUGCAAAUCAUAUUAGUGAUGAGGACUUGUGUGCAAGAAAUUAUAUUCCGAGGCACCGGAAUCUGCUAAGAGAUGAUCAUCGGGAUUGGAGAUCAGGGAGUAGUUUGAGCUUGGGAAUGGGCCAGCCAUCAGAUGAUUACAAGGAGAGAGUGAUUAAUGGUGGCCUUGAAGAAACGGACGAUGAAUUGGAUUUGGAGCUUCGACUUGGUCAUGAUCCCUAAGUUUAUUUGUUAAUUUUAUCAAACAUUUGAGAGAUCAUAAACUAUACAUUUUUAUUAAUUAAUUUGUACACCACUUUUUAUUUGUGCGUACAGUUAUGGAUUUAUCUGUACAAAUUUCCAUGUGAUACUUUUUUUUUUUUCAUGGAAAAAAGUGAUGAGUUAAUAGAAUAUCUCAACAUCCCAAAUUUUCAUGGCAAUUUUACUCUAACGGCCGGCAGGAUUUAACGGCAGG